CUGGCUACGCCCGGAGAUUUGGUGAUGAGCACUAGUUCAGGCAUGCUGGUCGCCGCCAACAACGACUUCCCCAGCGUCCUCUCGUCUCCGAUGGCAGCUGUCGCAACCAGCAACAACCAGGUCACUCCAGUCGACCUGGCUGUCACGCCGACCCACCAGCUCGGCUCGGGUCAGACGGCUCCGGGCCGCCUGUUGUCAGCCGUCUCUAUGCCGGCCGGACUCGAGGCGACCGAUCAGUCGCCGAGCUUGGAGCGCUUUCGGAGCCAAGAAUCCUCCAGCCAACGGGUCUGCCGAAGCUCUGACGCCGGAUCUAUGGUCGGUGGACGGACGGCGAAUUCCAGACACAGUCACAGGCCCAAUUGGUCCGGUUUCACCUCAUCCCGCGGAUCCACAAGACCGACCAGCCACCAGAACACCCUGAAGCCGACAGGCCCCAUGGACUCGAAUCCCGUCCCUGAGCUCUUGUCACCAGCGGCUCUGACCUUGACGACCUCCGGCCGCAGCGAUGAGUCCCGAUGCCUCUCCGUCUCAGCAAAUGGCCAGCCCCAACACCAACACCAGCACCAACAUCAACAUCAACCCCAACACCAGCAUCCGUGCUUGAUUCUCCCACAACCCGAACCACACCAGCCUCGGAGGCAGCCGAGACAACAGCACAAUCAUGUGCAACUGUGUCACCAGGAGGUGCAAGACAGGCAGAUAAACACGCCUUGUCUUCUCUCGGGGCCACCACAAAUGACCUCCUCUGAUCUGCCCAUCGGCCUGGUUGACCUGUGCGCAACCGAACAGACCAAAACGAUGGAAUAUCCGCACUCCUUUCAUCCGAGCUCUCUUCCUCCUUCUUCUCUAUCCCUCUCCAAUGCUGCCGAUAUACCGCCCAGCCAGCAACUUCAGAAUAUCCAGGUAAACGUUCUACUGCACAUGUGA